CGGACUGGUUGGGCACAUUCAGAAGCAUUCACUUGUCUGACUCUGACCAAUAUGAAAGCAGCUUUCGUUCUUCUCUGCCUGGCCCUGUUCGUGGCGGUCGCCUAUGGCGCCGAUUGCAAUCCCGAUGGCAAUGGACAGCCCACUUGCUCUGGCACCAGCUCCACAAGGUACCGCAACAACUGGGAUCCCACUCGCUACUGGGUAUGCCAGGGUAAUACGGCCACCGCCGUAUUAUGCGAUGAGCAGACCGGCUUUGAUCCCAAAACAUCGACUUGCGUUGCAUGGAGCUCCUGGCAAUGGUAUCCUCCAUGCGAAUAAGCGGCUUCUUUCAGCACUCAAAUUGCAAAUAAAUUCA